AAAGGUGUCUACCGAUUACUUUAUUAUUUAACACACAGGUUUAGCAUGCAUGAUAGUGAUUAUAUUUCAUAUGAUGAUAUCACCAUAAUAUGGGAUACAUCAGUGGAUUAUUAUAAGCAUAAUUAUAACUCAUAAACACAUUUACUUUCGAUGUUAAUACUUCAUUGGGACUACACACAUUUAUAUAAUUAAUCAUACAUUAAUUAUCCCAAGAUCACGUUGCUCUGAUUAAGGCUCAGAUAGGAUCGAUUACCUGAUCCCAGUCAUAUAAUUUUCCCAAUCCAAAACAAUAUAAAUAGCAGUAGUAGUUCAGUGUAGGAACCUGGUCAAACUUUGAUACAAAAUCCUUUCUCAAUAAACAAAACCUACACAAGUUCUCACGAAUCUUCGUUCCUAAUCUCAAAUCUUCAAUUCUUCCUCUUAAAAACUUCUUCAACUUCAACCACCACAACAGCUACUUCCUCAUGUUAGGAUCCAUUCGAAUCCUUUUGGUUUUAGGAAAUAUCGCUCUGAAGCUGAUACAGUCACAAGAAGUUCAGGAAAAGACAAAUGUUAACUUUAGUAACUUUGAAUGACGUUUAAUGUUAUUUAGCCAAUUUCAAUUAUUAAUACUGUUAAAAUAGUGCACGAUGCUCAGAUUGUUCAGUUUCUGAAUCAAGUGUAUGUCCCAACUGAGCCAUGGAACGAAUCACUUUACAUAAAAAAGAAAGUCUCAUCCAGGGAUAUUUUUUCUUUGAUUAUGUUAUAUACAACAAAAUUUGAUGAGAAAUCGUUGUUAUCUUUUAUAAAGUGGUGCAACACCAAGAAAGUUUUAUACAUGAACCAAGAACAGGAACGAAAAGUAUUGAAGGAUCAAAACGGUUCAAAGGUUCGAUAUCGAGUCUUAUGGACAUUAAAAGAUGAAUAUUUGAAUGGUAUUACUUUAUCAAUCACGGAGCAUCUGCCAAAGUACCAGGCAUAUAUCAAGAACCUCAAGAAAAAUAACUUCACAGUCAUUGGAUACGCCAGAAAGUCUCCAGGCCAGGAACAUCAGGAAGUGAGAGUGGGUUUGGUUCAAAAAAUGGUCAACAAAUUGUAUGACACGUUGCUUGUGGAUAAAGUAUUUGUCACUACGUCAUCGCGAGCAAAUGAUACCAUUACAUCCCGCGACACGAAUGGAAAAAAUGCCCAAUUGACGCUUUUGAACCAAGUGCAUGGAAACACGCAAGAUCUAUUGGAAUAUAUUUGCACAUCAAAAAACGACUGUCUAGUAGCAAUUGAUUUCGCCGGUCUGUCAACCAAUACCAGUGAUUUAUAUGAUUUCAUUGUAGCUCAUGGUUCCAUCAAGAAGAUCAUCAUUGACCUUUCUUCGUCUACUGGGUUUAUGAAGUAUUAUAACCGAGACGAUAUUAUUGAUAAUCCUAGCAUUUUAAAGGAUUUUGAUUGCAGAAAACCUUGUUAUAAACGAUCGUAAAUAUAUAUUAAUUCUUUUCCUUCUAAUAAAGUAGUCUUACUUUCCCAAGUCUUCACUUUCGUCUAACUUUAUGUCCAUGACAAAAAUCCCUUGGAUCUUGUUGAAAAGGUUCCAGUACGCCCUAACAUGUUAAUAGAUGAUAUUAGUUUUUAUUAUAUUUAACCUUUAUUUAUUACUUAUUAAAUAUGAUAUGUUUUAUAUCUUGAAAGUAAUAAAUAAUGAUUUAUUUACUAACUUGGUAUAACACUUUUUAGACAUACAAUUGCUUAUGUUUUAAUAUUAUUAAAAUAUAAACAUAUACACCUGGAAAAGUUACUUCUUAUUGUUUUAUUAUUUUUCAGUGAUUUAAACAUAACUAGAUUCACAGGCCAAAUUGCUUGUUUCAAAAAUAAAUAUCAUAGAUACAUAAUAUAUAAAAGUCCUGGAAAAUAUGGUCCAGAUAAGU